AUGAGCUCGUUUAAAAUGAAGAGGCCUCACUCUGACCCAAAUGAUAUCACGAUUUACAAAAGACAAAAACUCAUAUUGGAUUUGGAAAACCUAUCAAUCAGUGAUGGUCCGCUUAAAAAAGUGAAAUAUUGUGCUCUGGAACCAGCCAAAGAGAGUGAUCCAUCGAACUCGUUGGAUUACCAGCUGAUACCCCAGGCCAUCAAGGGGCAGAUUUGGGAUUUAUUGAGGAAUUUGGAUGAUGAUGAUGAUGAGAGCGCUUCGCAGCAACAGAUAUAUCGCACUAUAUGGGAAAGUGUAUACGGGAGUAAUCUACAGCUGGUGAAAUGGGUCAACUGGGGUGCAUAUUUAUACAAUUCUUGGUUUCUUUGGUAUCAUCAAAAAAUGGCGAUGUCAGAAACGACAGUAAUAGCGUCUGACAUAGAAAUGGAUACGAGCGAUAGUGAGGUUGAUGAAAUGGAAAUCGAUAUGGAAUAUGAAGAUUAA